AUGGAACACAUCCCUUCCUAUGAUAUGGGCAGAGAUGCUUGGAGGUCUACGCUGGAAGAAUUGAGAACUGAUAAUCACUAUGAAGAUUAUACAGAGAUGAACCAGUUCAAUGACAACUACUUCCAGUUCGUGAACACCUCUGAAAUUGAGCAAGAAUUCAAGUUUGAUUGGAAUGAGUUAGAGUUGGAAAAUGGUAAGAAGAAGAUCAGAUUUACUGAUGACGACAUUAACCAUUACACCGUAACUCAUAGAAGCGGUAAAGAUGAUUCCAGUCUUAAUAAUCAUCAACGAGGUGUAGAGAAUGACCAAAACGUCGAAAGGAAUAUUAACCGCUCUGGCAAUAAUGCUGGAUCCAGUGAGUAUGUACCAUUAGCAGAAGAACAACAACCCGACUCACCAGUCUCUUUUGAAACUGCCGCUAUUGAGAGAAAUUUACAGUUUGAGUUUGAUAAUAACUACGUUAAUGAUAUCGUAUUGGCGUUGCGUCGCCUAAAAGAAGUCCGAGCAAGACUACAAAACUUGGUGCGCAAUGUUGACAAUGCAAUAAGCAUAGACAAGUCCCCAAAUUUUGAUGGCCUUCCUGAUGACGUUGAGAUUAAUGCUGUCAAGAGCUCUUUGUUAUCAUUCUUAGCAGAUGGAAAUAACUAA